AACACGCUCUCGAGACCGGAGGAGUUGAGUAUUCUCUGCUCGAGCUCAAAUGGUGGCACGUGGAAUUAAUAAACAAUAGAGUAAUUAAUGUUAUAUGAUGGGAGUGGCCAAAAAGGUCCCUCAGCUUUAUAUUGAGGUCCUCAAAUCUCGUUUAUUUUCAGUCAGUCGAAGGAAUCGAAGCCCAACGAAGAUUUAUUUACGCGACUCGAAAGGUCACAGGAAGCUGUUGUGAGGCAUCAUGGAAGAGGAUCUUGACCUGGAGCGCCGCCGAGAGCUCAGGAGGCAGCGCAGGGAGGAGAUGCGUCUGGAGUCAGAGAAGUCAGGCCAGGCCAAUGAGGAGGAUGAGGCAGCACGAGAGCAAAGGAGACAGGCCCGUAUGGAGAGACUACGCAACAGAGACAACGAGGAGUCCAGCAGCAUGCCUGACAAAGGGACCGACAUCCUGUCCUCCUCCAUCAUGUCCAUCCCGCCCGGGGGCAGCGAGGACGACCAGGCACUUCUGGAGCGCAUCGCCAAGCGCGAGGAGCGGCGUCUGCGGCGCAUGAGGGACGCCAUGGAGAGGCAGAAGUCGCUGGACGCCGCCACUGCUGACAGCAUCACCACUGCCACCGGCGGCGAGCGGAGGUCGUCCGGCCAGCAGAGCACAGAGGCCGAGCCGACCCAGAACGAGGCCUCGAGCCACGACACCAGCUCCAGCAGGGAGACGGAGGAGAAGACAGAAGAGGAGAAAACAACCAUGGAAGAAACGAAGGCGGCAGAGGACACAGUAACAGCUCCAGAAGUGAAUGAGAGCAAACCUGAGAGAGGAGCAGAGACCAGCGAGGAGAAGCCACGAGCAGAGUGGACAGAGCAGACUUCAGGAAAGGAAAAUGAGGAAAAGGCUGACAAAGAGGUAGGAAGCGCAACGUUAGACAAAACAGAAGUCCACGAUGACUCCUCAAAGACAGAAGAAGAAUCUGUGGCGCCAGCAGUAGAAGCUGUGGUGGAGGACACAGCAACGCCUGAAGAACCAGCCGAGGUGAACAAGGAGGAAAUCAAGCCUGCUGUGGAGAUUGUAGUGGAAACACCAUCGACUCCAGUGAGCGUAGACGUACAAGAAAAGCCCAAGGCAGAGGUUGAGGAAAAACCCAAAACAACCCAAAAGGAGCCCGAGAAAAAGUCGGAAAAAUUGGAGGAGAAACCUCAACUGGUCAAGAAAGAGCCAGAGGAGAAACCUCAACUGGUCAAGAAAGAGCCAGAGAAGAAACCUCAACUGGUCAAGAAAGAGCCAGAGGAGAAAGCAGAAAAGGUGGAGGACAAAGUGCCCAAAUGGAAGAAAGAGGAAGAGAAGAAACGUGUGAAGACUGAAGCCCCAGUGCCCAAAUGGAAACAAGAGGCUGAAGAGAAGCAGAAAGCUAAGAAAGAGGUCGAGGAGAAACAGUUCCCUCCGAAGAAAGUGGAGGAGAAAGAAGUGCCACUCAAGAAAGUAGAAGAGAAAGCAGUGGUCCCGAAGAAGGAGGCCGAGGAGAAACCCAAAUGGAAGAGGGAGGUGGAGGAAAAGACAUCUCAACUUAAGAAAGAGGAGACUGUCGAGGAAAAGCGAAAGCCAGCCUUCCUGCAGUGUGUGAAUCAGAACCUCAAACAACAAAAUGGAGGUCUUCCUGACCCCACAAAGCUGAAGAAACCAGAGAAAAUGCCAAGCCGUGGUGUGGGGACCAAAGAGGCAGCGACUAAGGAGGAGCUGGAGGCUGAGCGCAAGCUACUGGAGCUGAAGAAGAAGCGCAGCGAGCAGGAGAGCCAGGAGUUCCAGAGGAUCAAGGCCAAGGCCACCGGGGCGGAGGCGGAGCUGGAGGAGCUGAAGAGGAAGAGGGAGGAGAGGAAGAGGAUGCAGGAGGAGGAGGAGAGACAGAGGAAGCAGGAGCUGGCUGACAAGAAGGCCAAAGAGGAGGAGGAGAAGAGGAGGCUGAAGGAGGAGAUUGAGAAGAGGAGAGCAGAGGCGGCAGAGAAACGGCAGAAAGGGGAGGCACCAGAAGCGGAGGCAAAGAUGCCCUUCAAGUGUGUUGGCACCAAGGGCCCUGCCUCAAAGAUUGGGGUGAAAGCUGAAUUUUUGAACAAGUCUGCACAGAAGAGCAGUUCUGUGAGGCCGACUCAUAAUGUCUCACCCAUUGUGACCAAGAUAGGCAACAGAAUGGAGCAGUUCACGUCCGCAGCUCAGGGCAGCAAAGAGCCACGGUCUCCAAAGUCCCCCCUGGUGGACGCUCCAGGAGAGGCAGGCGUGCGGAAUAUCAAGAGCAUGUGGGAGAAGAGCAAUGCGCAGAGCUCCCCAACAAGCCCCCUGCCAGUCCAGCAGAACGCAGUGAGCAAGGAAACAUCUGGGAUGAAGACAGGUGUGACGGGUCAGCUCAACAGCUGGAAGACCAAAGCCCCAGAGCCUGAGAAGGCAGCGCCAGCAAAACCUGCUCAGGAUCCCAAACGAGCUGACGUCACCAAACCACGUAGUCUGUGGGAAAACAAGAGCUCCACCCCAGGCCGAGUGGCCUUUGGAAAGAAAUAAGUCCUGAGUGGUAAUAAGUCCUGAGUGGUCAGAGAACACAAGACAGACUUCAAGGGCAGACAAUCAACAGAAAUAUCAUCACUACAGUCGCCAGACAGCAGACAGCAGAUGAGAAGCACUAACAGGACUUUACUAUCCACAAUUCAUGGAAAACUGAUUACAACCAAACGAGAGGAAAAUUUAGGAUAUUUGGAUUUACAGCCACAUAACACAAUAUAGUGCCAGCGAACAGUAUGUUACCUAUUGAAGAUGUCUGGUUUAUUUUUCAACCAUUUUGCUUCUGAUGCAUAUCAGUCUCUGAUUCCAUUUAUUGGCUCUUAACUGUCUGGUGCAGAUGAUCAUGGGCCUCUAAACCGCUGGCAGAGCUGCUCACUGAAUGUCUUAUCUGUCUUGCGAUGAUCUGCCACAGCUCAAUGCUUCAUUUCAUACAACCAAUCAAUAACUCCUACAGAAUGACAGCUCGACACCACAUUGUAAUUGGCACUGGAUAAUUAACUUGACGCUUUGAAAAUAAGUGACUUUGUAGUUUCUCAGUGUUGAGCUCUCAUAGCAUGCUUAGCGCUAGUUUCAUUAUGCCACUGCAUGCAGAAUAAGUGCUGGCUGCCACUGCAUCAAUAAAGACUGUUGCAGUACAACAAGCCCAUUGCGUUCACAGUGCUUAUAAAUGUAUCUCACUCACAGAUAUAUGUACGACAAGCUUACCACAGUUAUAUGCAACUAGGAAGAACACUUUGGCAGAAACAGACAACCUGAUUAGAG